AUAAAACCCUAGUUCAUACCCCCACUAUAAAUUCUUAAUGUUAUAAACCCUAGGAUCUUUCCUCUGCCGUUCUUCCCUUCGAAACUCCCCAAUUCUCAUCGAGAAAACAGCAAUCCAUCAUCAUGACUACUCGCUUGAAGAAGAACAGGAAGAAGAGAGGUCACGUAUCUGCUGGCCACGGUCGUAUUGGGAAGCACAGAAAGCAUCCUGGAGGAAGAGGAAAUGCUGGAGGUAUGCAUCAUCACAGAAUCCUCUUCGAUAAAUACCAUCCUGGGUACUUUGGUAAAGUUGGUAUGCGUUACUUUCAUAAAUUGAGGAACAAGUUCCAUUGCCCAAUUGUGAAUCUUGACAAAUUAUGGUCAAUGGUUCCUGAAGAUGUGAAAGAGAAGGGUGCCAAAGAAGGGAAAGCGCCUGUAAUUGAUGUUACUCAAUUUGGAUAUUUUAAGGUUUUGGGUAAAGGUGUCUUGCCUGAGAAUCAGCCUGUUGUUGUUAAGGCUAAAUUGAUUUCAAAGAUUGCUGAAAAGAAGAUCAAGGAGAAUGGUGGUGCUGUUGUCCUUACUGCUUAAUUUGGGUAGUUUUUGCUUUGAUGCUAUCUUUUUGGUUUUGUAAUAGGAUCGUUAUUCAGAGAAUUAUUCAGAAAUUUUAUAAUUUGUGGUAUGUUAUGUUGAAUCUGAGAAUCCCUUUUUGUUGGUAAUGACAUUGAUAUGGUUAAAUGAAAUGAAUUAGUACAAUGGGUA